UGUUGAUGUCGACCCGGCUAAAAUCAAAUUAGCCCGCCGAAAUGCUCAAAUAUACGGAGUCGAGAAAAAAAUCGACUUCCGUGUGGGCAAUUGUUUCGACAUUUUAGACCGGGUCAAUGCAGAUGCAGUGGUGACAUCGCCUCCGUGGGGCGGACCCGGCUACUCCAAACAUUUCGACGCGAAUGAUCUGUGUAGCCGGGAAGCUGGUGGCAUGUCAAGCAUCCUCAAGAUGGCAAGGAAGAUCGCUCCUCGAACUGUAUUACACGUACCGAAGACCGUUGACCGAGAACAGUGUUUACACUUAUCGAGAAACGCAAACUUCGGCCGUGUAGAGUUCGAGGACGUGACGAUCGAUGGCCGGCAGAAUUGUAUAAAUAUAUAUUUAAAAUUGCGACAGGAUAACAAACAACUCGGACCUGUCAUCAAUACAAAAGUAGAAUUAGACACUGGAUACAAAAAUUGGUGGUCACGUUCUAAUGACCUUAAUGCAUAUUCCACAUAUUUGGAAAAAACUUCAAAAUUUUUGAAUUCCAAAUAACUGUGAUUUUGGAAAAAAUUUU